ACUUGUGGCAUUGCUGGAUACAUUAAACCCCUCAUUCUGGGGAAAUUGAAAGCCACCUGAUCUCUGUUGUUAACUAUUGUGUGACAAAAAAAAGUUAAUUGAGCAAGGAAACUGUGCCGUGUGGGGGUUACUUUCUGUUCCUUUUCCUUCCCAGGGGUACAUGAAUGGCAGCAAGUAUUUCUCAGACCUGUGGAAUGUUAUGGAUACCCUUGCAGUCUUUUGCUUCAUAGCAGGGAUUGUGUUCAGCUCUCUGAUUUGAAAGGCCUUCUGAAAGAGAUUUCCUGUAAAAUUAAAUGAGUGCAGCUGAAAUCCAAGAGCAGCUACCAAAGCAGGGUACCAGUUCACAAAGAAGAAUUGCUCGGAGCUGGCAGUAACCCCCAAGCAGGCGGUAAUGGAGGCACCAGAGUGUCACUGUCUCUCAGCAGGAGCCAGCAGGAUUUUCUUGCUAUUUUUAUUUUUGUUGAUCAAACAGCCCUUUCUGCUUCUUGCAAAGCUGUGGUCAAACAGGAGAUGACUGCUUAUCUCCUGACAUGAUUCCUGCGUUACCCAAACUCCUAUUCUCAUCUGCCCUAAUGUCCAGUGGCAGCAAUUAGUCCUUGUAGCCACUGUUGCAAAGCACUCCUAUUUCCAGGAGUAGUUCUCUGCUGUUGUCUCUUGGCUUUUCCGUUUCACUGAAAGGGACCUGUUCAAGGGUUUCCUUCAGAUACUAAUUGCUCGUCGGAAUGAAUCCUUCUCCCUUCCCUAGCCAUCCUCACUUGCCAGAUCUCACUUGUUCCUUGCAUGGGCUGUCUGUGAGACCUGCUGGUGUCUGGAAUGCUGGCGUGCCAGAAUGCAGUAGAUUUUGGCAUCAUUCCCCCACAGGAAAGCCUUUGUCCAACCCUGCAUCCCUAUUUCAGACUGUUCAUGAACAUUGUGGACUUCUUCCUACCCUACCUGGAGCCGUGCAGAAGUUCAGCUAUUACAGCCCUGCAUGGGAGAGACUUGAAUUCAUCUAGGAAGUGUUUCCAAAGGCCUUGUGUGCAAUCCUUGCUUGGUUUCUUUAGUAAAAAUUUGUAUCCUGGGAAUGUUGGAAUUCAUUUGACUUUUCCAUCAUGUGUUUGCUGAUGUUUGCAUUUGGAAAUGGAGAAGAGAUUGUUCGAAGCUUUAAAGAAAGCAAUGCUUGAUAUGGUGAGGUGGUCCUUUGUGCUUUCUGUCUAAAAUAGCAGCUGAAUUUUGUCCCAAUUUGUGUAGUAUAACUCAGGGCACAGCCAGCUGAAGGCACUACAAAUGACAUUGAUUUACAUGCCAAAGCCUUGUAUCAGUCUUCGUUCCCAGUGUCAAGGAAUCAUGGAAUCAUAGACUCUCCAGAGCAGAAAGGACCUGCAAGGAUCAUGGGGUCCAACCCCUGACCCUGCACAGACACCCCAACAAUUCAAUCCCCGCCUGUGCAUCCCUGAGAGCUCCUUGGGCUCUGUCAGCCUGGGGCCCUGCCCAUUCCCUGGGGAAGCCUCUUCAGUGCCCCAGCACCCUCUGGAAGAAGAACCUUUUCCUGAUCUCCAGCCUCAGCCUGCCCUGAAACAGCUCCAGCUGCUCCCUUGGGUGCUGUCCCUGGCCACAGAGAGCAGAGAUUGGAGCUGUCCCUCGGGAAGAAGAUGUAGGCCAUGCUGAGAUCAUCUCUCUCUUCUUCCUCCUCUUCCCCAAGCUGAACAAGCCAAUUGACCUCAGCUGUUCCUCAUGCAGCUUCCUCUCUUGUUCCCUCAUAAUCUUCAAGCCCUUCAUGCCCUUCUCUACAAGCUUGAUAUCUUUAUGAUAGUUUCAGAAAGGUUGUUGCUCUUUUCUCCCUGCAUCUCAUGAUGCAACUGUACUGUAUGCUGUGCCUGACAUCAUCCUGGGGUCAUGAAAGUUUCUAAAUGAGCUUGGCUUCCAUUAAAUCACAUGGCAGUUAGCUUGCAUCAUAAAUCCUUGCGAUAAGGUUCUUUUCCGGAACUUAUUUUUCCCAUAUCGUUUGUAUGCCUUGGAUGUGAAAGUUGUGGGUUUAGUUCACUCCUUCCCUACAAAAAACCUACAGUGGAUGCCUGUAUCUCUAGAGAUCUGCUCUCUUGAAAAUGUGUGAAUGUAAUGACAAAUCAUGUUCUGUAAGGUCUAAAUUCUGGAGUGAGUCUGUGUCCACUGCUACACCCAGAGGCGCCAGCCUGUGCCCCACAUGCUGCUCCCUUCCCUGGGCCGCAGGUCUCUUCUCCAGUCUCCUGUGGCCCCGAGCCGGGUGCCAAUGGAGCCCUGGCCCAGCAAGGCUGUGGGGUGGCACCGCAGCUCCCCGGACAGCAGCCGGCCCUCUGCCCCCUCCAGAGCCCGGCAACAGCGGCUGCUGGCCGGGCCUCAGGGCUGUGCGGGCAGGGGAGGCCGGGGAUGGGCACAGCGAGAGCCCGGCCGAGGGGCUGAGCCCGCGCCAACUCUUCCCUCCUGCCGCUCUCUGCAGUUGGAAGGGGACAGGAGCCGAGCGGCCGAGCACCUGCGCCGGGCCCUGCCGUACCUGGAGAACCCACAGCAGCCCCUGCGAGCGGCGGCCAUCAGGUUCCUGGGGAUCGCCGGGCGGAGACUGAGGGGGCAGCAGGAAGAGCUCCAGCUGAUCUCCAAAGCCAUUGAAUGCCUGACAGAGGACAUAAGCGGUGCUGUGUCAGACCUGGCAUACGAAACGUUGUAUAUGCUCCAGGCAACACAGAGUGGGAGAUACUCCGUGUUCCAGAGGCUGCAAGAUCAGCUGCGCAGGGCUUGGAGAACACGGCCCCGACUGUCAGGCCUCAGCUGGCUGCGCUGCCGGGGCUCUGCAGAGCGCUAAGCCAAGACACUGUGUGUCUGCUGGGGCCACCUGAGGCAGCAGGGACUUUAUCUUCAAGACUCCUCUUUUCUUCUUGUUGUUUUUCUGUAGUUUAUAAAUAUAGGAUGUGUUAUAAUA